UGGUCCUCGGUGUGAUCCGUAGCACGCAGCGCCACAACGUGCGAGUAGGGAAGUGAAGACUUUCGGAUUGAACGGCUAAACGUGUUGCUAGCAGAGACUCAACGUAUCAACAAUAAUGGCAGAAAAGAAAGAAGAGAUGUCUCCAACUGAGAUAAAAGUGGCACAACAAAUAGAGUACUACUUCGGGGAUCACAAUCUUCCAAGAGACAAAUUUCUCAAAGAACAAUUGCAACUUGACGAUGGCUGGGUGACUUUGGAGACGAUGCUCAAAUUCAACAGACUGAAGGCUUUGACAACCGAAGCAAGCGUCAUCGUUGAAGCUCUCCAGAAAUCCAAGACUGGUAUCUUGGAACUGAGCGAAGACAAGUCUAAAGUCAGGAGGUCUCCAACCAAACCCUUACCAGAAGUGAAUGAUGAUUCCAAAGAUGCUCUGAAACACAAAUCUGUGUACAUGAAAGGAUUUCCUCUCGGAACUUCCCUUGAUGAGAUUCAGGAGUGGCUGAGUGAGAAAGGCCCCAUAGAAAACAUUCAAAUGAGGAGAACCCUGCAAAGGGUGUUCAAGGGAUCAGUGUUUGUCUGUUUUGACAAAGAAGAAGCAGUCAAGCAGUUCCUGGAACGUUCAGACAUCAAAUCAUUCAAAGACAAUGAGCUGGUUGUGUUAUCACGAGAAGACUACCAUGGAAAGAAAGCAGAAGAGCGAAAACAGUUCAAAGCAGAGUCGAAAGCCAAAGCUAAACAGGACAAGGAACAACAGCAGAACAAUGCAGAAGAGAAAGAAAUGGGUCUACUUAUGAAUGAACAGACUGGUUGCUUGUUGAAGUUUUCAGGAGAGCUUGAAGAUGUUUCAAGAGAGGACUUCCAUGAAUUGUUCUCUGUGCAUGGAAAGAUUAAGUGGAUUAAUUUUACAAGAGGGGCCAAAGAGGGUACACUACUUUUCCAUGGGAAUGCAAAGGAAGCAUUCGAUAAAGCCAAAGAGGCAAACGGAGGGGACCUAAAAAUCAAGCAAAACAGUGUUGACUGGCAGGUGCUUGAGGGAGAGGAGGAGAAAGACGAACUGAAGAACAUCAUCGACGCUCAACAAGAAUCAUACAACCGGUCCAAAAACCGAGUUAGCAGAGGAAGAGGAGGCGGCAGAGGAAGAGGAGGCCGAAGGGGAAGAGGUGGCAGAGAUCAAGGCAGAGAUUACGGCAGAGCUCAUUACAAGGGCAAAAAGAUGAAAUUUGAGAGUGAUGAUGAGGAUGAUAAACCUGCAGCCCCAAAGAGAGAACUAAAAGAAGAUGAUGGUCCCCCAGCAAAGGUUGCCAAAACUGAAAAUGGAUCUUAGUCAAAGUCACACCAAUCCUUUUUUUGAGAAGAUUUAUUAUAAACGAUGAAAAUGCAGAGGCAACUUUAAUCCAUUCCAGUGAAAAUAUCAUGCUUUGGAGAAACGUAUGAAGUCCACCUGGAUGUCAACCUAGAGAACAAUUUGCAAAAACAUUAGUUUUCAGCUUUUUAAUUAUUUUCUAUUGUGCCUCUCACAUUAUUUGUACCUAUAUUUCUCCUAAGAUUUUGAUUUUCUUAUUCAACAUAAAUCUGCACUUUGACAGCAAUGUAAUUACACCUGAACAUUCAGUAGGUUAUGUAAGACCUGCCUGUGUCAUUAUGUUAUUUUUCCUUGUAGGUUCCCUACAGUGAAUGAGAAUCGAAAUCUGCGUUGCAAUUUCUUUUUAGUUUUUUCCUUUUUAAGUUUGCUUAUGUGAAUAGCAAAUAAAACAUAAAACGCCAUA